GAUUAAUUACCUCUUUUUUGCUUUUAAUUUUUUCAUCUUUAUUUAAGCAAAAAAAUGGUAGCAUUAGAGAAAAAAGAGGUGAUCGUAGUUGAGAAAGAAAAACAGGAGGAAGUCAUCACUGCCAUCUAUAAACUCAACUUGCAUUGUCAAGAAUGCGCUCGUUCGAUCGAGAAGCAUGUUACAAGAAUCUCCGGAGUUCAGAAGGUUGAUACAGAUGUAGAGAGUGGGAAAGUCAAUGUGAAAGGGAUCAUUGAUGUGAAAAAAAUCCAUGAACUCAUAGAGAAGAAGAGUAAGAGAAAGGUUGAGAUUAUAUCACCCAAGCCAAAGGAGAAAGAUGAUAAAGUAUCUGCAGAGAAAAUUGUGGAGAAAAAAGAGGAAGUUGUGAGGACAAUAGUAAUGAAGGUUCACAUGCACUGUGAGAAAUGUGAACAUGAUCUCAAGUGGAGAUUACUGAAGCUCAAAGGUGUCCAUAGUGUGAAAAUGAACAGAGAAGCAGGGACAUGCACAGUGACAGGGACAGUGGAAGAGAAGAAGUUGAUAGAAUACAUAAGAAGGAAAACUAAGAAACAUGUGGAGGUUGUGCCUCAGAAACAGAAAGAAGAAGAGAAGAAGAAAACAGAGGAAAAAGUGAGCAAAGAGAAGGAAACAGAGGCCAAAGGUGGUGCAAAAGAGGAGGUAAAAAAGGUGGAGAUUGUUGAAAAGAAAGAGGAAGUGAAAAUCACUGAGAUUGUUGUGCCAUAUUUCAUUCAUUGCACUCAUGCACCUCAGUGGUUCAGUGAUGAGGAUCCAAAUUCUUGUUCUGUAAUGUAGAUUGAAUAAAACAGACAUGUGAACAAAGAUUGAUAUUUCAUUCAGUAAAUAUUAGUUGUUUUUCGACA